AUGUCCCGUGUUGACGAGGCACGCUUGUAUAGUUGGAGUGCGGACCUAGAGAAGCGUGCUGCCGCAGUUCGUUCUGCUAGGUCAAAACUCGAAGACAAAAAAGCUGCUUGUAUUCAACUGGAGGCCUCACUAGUUGAGCUUGCCAACGAAAAUGACGCCAGUGAGCGUCUCUUGGUUCAAAAGGAGCACUAUAUUGCCUCUCGCAAAGCUGUACUUGAGCAAGCCAAUACGCAGCGAAGCGCUCAGCGAAACUCAUUAGAUGGCGAGAGAAGGAAAGUGAUCAUCGAUGUGGAGCGAGUGGAAAACGCCCUGGACAAUGACUGGCGUGCACUUGAGGAGGAGGAAAAAGCAGCAGAGUUAGGUCACCAUCAACGAAUGAACAGGCUUGAGCAGCAAUUGGAAGACCUUGAAAAACAGGAAGGUGACCUUGUUGAAAAGCUUCGACAACUUCAAAAUUCUGAGUUGGGGGCAUCAAAUCUUUUGCGUCAGCUUAAGCAAAAGGAGGAUCGGUUGAGGUCAUUGUCGGAGGCAACAUUGCAGCAAAUGAGAGCCGAGUUACAAGAGCGUGAGACACUUUUGAAUCAAUAG